GUAAACAUUGACUUUAGAGUGGUCAAGCAGUGGUGAGAGCUUAAUCACCGGCUCCCAGUGCCCUGGAAGAGUUUUAGACUGCUCGGAACGUGAGAACACUCUGUGGUUUGUCUGGCCAAUGACUAAAAAGCAGCAAGACGGAUGCGUGGAGCCAGGGUCAUUUUGGAAGAAUGUCCUGGCCCGGUUUGCUGGCACCCUCCCCUGCUUCUCCAGAGGGGUGUCUGCCUCUGUGGAGAUCCGCGGCAGCCUGAAGAUUUCAAGGAAACAUGACUUAAUUAUGGAAUCGUUCAGGAACCCCAGUAAUAAACCAAGUGACUGAGCUGUUGAAAAUCACUCAGCUUGCAGACACCUGCUCUGAAAGAAGUAAACAUGCUGUAGAUGGGUGGGGAAGGCCUGCUUAUUAUAUUUCCUUAAUUAACCACAAAGAGAUAAUUAGGAAGGUGGUUUCAAAACCUUUCCACUGAGAUCUUUCACCCUGGUGCAGUCACCCGAUGUGUCACAAGUCGGCUUCUGGAGCAGACGUAUUUGGGAGCUCAGACUGCUGUGAGUGCAGAAGUCUUUAGAAAACAUACAGCACCAGCCAAGCCUCUUUUCAAGUGGAUGGCUGGAUCAAAGGAAUCCGGUUCUUUCCAAGUGACCAGCAGUGGCCGCAAUGAGAGCAAUAGCCACGGGGUGGCGCCUCCCCUGCUGAUAAAAAUGAUCAACAAGUCCCGAUGGAAGAUGAUCUUAGGGCUGGUGUUCUUUCUGGUGAUGGCAUGGUACUAUAUAUCCCGCGAAGAAAGGUACAUACAUCUUUUUUCUUUCCCCGUGCAAGAUGUCCGAAUGACGUGUCCCCGAGGAGAGAUGGAAAAGAAAGCCACGCUGCUCAUAGGAAAUUACACACGGGAUCAUCCAAUGUUUUUACACCUAAAUGAUUACUUUUGGGUGAAGAACCGAUCGCCGUAUGAGCUGCCAUAUGGGACUAAAGGAAGCGAAGACAUUCUCCUCCGGGUGUUAGCGAUCACCAGCUACUCGGUGCCCGAAAGCAUCCAAAGCAUGAAGUGCCGAAGAUGUGCAGUGGUGGGGAACGGACACCGGCUCCGAAACAGCUCCAUGGGGGAAGCAAUCAACAAAUACGACGUGGUGAUCAGGUUGAACAACGCGCCAGUUCAUGGGUACGAGGCAGAUGUGGGCUCCAAAACCACCAUGCGCCUGUUUUACCCAGAGUCCGCGCACUUCGACCCCAGACGGGAAAACAACCCGGAUACUCUGCUGGUGCUGGUGCCAUUUAAACCCAUGGAUUUCCAAUGGCUGGAGAUGAUCCUCAAUGACAAGAAGCGAGUUCGCAAGGGAUUCUGGAAGCAGCCUCCUUUAAUCUGGGAUGCCAAUCCUGAGCAAGUGCGAAUUCUGAACCCUUACUUUAUGGAAAUUACUGCUGCUAAAUUGCUUAAUCUUUCCAUGAAGCAACCGCGGAAGAUUAAACAGAAACCAACGACGGGAUUAUUAGCCAUCACGUUGGCAUUGCACUUCUGUGACCUGGUACAUAUCGCAGGCUUUGGAUACCCCGAUUCUGCCAAUAAGAAACAGACUAUACAUUACUACGAGCAAAUCACACUAAAGUCAAUGGCCGCGUCGGAGCACAAUGUCUCGCACGAGGCAUUAGCAAUAAAAAGGAUGCUUGAAUUAGGUGUCCUCAAGAACCUUACGCACUUCUGAUGGGACAUGGACUAGAAUUUCCCUGCAUUGCCUUGGCCUCCGCCUUGGCUGCCUGUCACCCAGCGCGUCCCAACAUCCACCGGGCCGGAGAUACCACUGCUGCGCCGCAGGGCCCCGAAUGGGCUCCUUGCUUAUGGUGGGGGCUGGCUGCUGGGGACAGCGCUGGUCCUGGAGAAGGUAGACAGAGGGUAGAGGGCUGCGGAGUCCCCCUCGGCCAGGCUAACGUGGCUUUCGGCCGCAUCGUGUCAAGGCUCAGAAGCAGAGCAUUUGAAAUCCUUACAGUCGUGGGGUGGCUGGAUCCCUUUGCGGCCAAGCCAACGCUGACUUGCCGGCCUUCAGGGCGGUGCAGAGGGUGCCCCCGUGGGAUGGGCCCUCGUGGCUUGCUGGUGCACCCAUCUCUUUGGUCUGCCCGGUCCGCGUAGGGGACUGGGGCUGUUUGCCGCACUGUUGAACUGAACCCUGGACAGCGGAAGAAUAGUCAACUUCUCGCCAGAUCCGUUUGCUUUCUGUCUGAAUGAGGCAGCGGGGCUGGUUUGACACCCCCCUCAUUCCCCCCUGCCGGGGGGGCUGGCUCUGGGGUGCAGCACAUGGGAAUGCUGCUGUAGGUGGAAGCUGUAAUGGUGUCCUUUUUUUAAACAUUUAUGUCGUGGGGGGGAAGGGGUAUCAUGCUGAUGGGGUUUUAGACCGACCCCUCUUCUCUCCCCCCCGCCCCCCAGUGCUGCUUCCCAGUGGGAAUGGGGCAGGGAGGCAGAGUGGUGGGAGCGUUAAAUUAUUCUUCACUGACAGAGCACAGCUGCCUUCGUUUCUUCCCCCCCCCCCCCCCCCCCGCCAGCCC